GGAGAGAGGACUGCUACGAUGUUGCCAAUCUGCGGAUAAAAGUAUUCGGAAAGGUGACUAAUAUAUAUGUGAACACGAAAUGGAGGAGAUAAGAGUAUCCCCAGAUUACAACUGGUUCCGAAGCACAGUACCACUAAAACGAAUCAUUGUGGAUGAUGAUGACAGUAAGGUUUGGUCAUUGUAUGAUGCAGGGCCAAAAAGCAUCAGGUGCCCAAUCAUUUUCCUUCCUCCAGUCAGUGGCACCGCAGAGGUUUUCUUCCAGCAGAUCUUGGCCCUCACAGGUUGGGGUUACCGCGUCAUCUCACUCCAGUAUCCAGUUUAUUGGGACCUGUUGGAAUUUUGUGAUGGAUUUAGGAAGCUUCUAGACCACUUACAGUUGGACAAGGUGCACAUAUUUGGUGCUUCCCUGGGAGGGUUCUUGGCUCAGAAGUUUGCCGAAGUGACACAUAAAUCUCCAAGGGUGCAUUCUCUGAUCUUGUGCAAUUCUUUUAGUGAUACAUCUAUUUUUAACCAAACUUGGACAGCAAACAGUUUUUGGUUGAUGCCCGCUUUUAUGCUAAAGAAGAUUGUUCUGGGUAACUUUGCCAAAGGACCUGUUGACCCAAAAAUGGCAGACGCCAUUGAUUUCAUGGUUGAUCGGCUGGAAACCCUGAACCAGAGCGAGCUGGCCUCUCGUCUCACACUGAACUGCCAGAACUCCUAUGUUGAACCUCACAAGAUAAAGGAUGUUGCAGUUACCAUUAUGGAUGUGUUUGAUCAGAGUGCCCUUUCACAAGAGGCAAAGGAGGAAAUGUAUAAACUGUAUCCCAACGCUAGACGAGCUCACCUCAAAACAGGUGGAAACUUCCCCUACCUCUGCAGAAGCGCAGAAGUUAACCUUUACAUUCAAAUACAUUUGCGUCAAUUCCAUGGGACAAGAUACGCUGCCAUUAACCCUGCUAUGGUCAGCGCAGAGGAGUUAGAAGUUCAGAAAGCCAACCUGAGUGACAACAGAGAGAGUGAUGAAGAUUCCUAAGAAAGCUAAAGCUCUUUGUUUGUCUCAGUGGAUGUAGACCACUUUGAGCCAACAAAUACUCCAAACAUUUUCAUGAGUAUCCAGUCACUACUGUUGUUUAACAUACUUUAUGUGUACUAUACGUUUCAAAGAGACCACCUCCAGGUCUUUUUUUCUAUACUGUAUUAAAUCGAUACACAAGCAGACUAAAAGAGUCUAUUUUUACCUUUCAGAAAAUAAACAAUAUUUUGAUAAGUGUUAUUUCUGUAAAUACUCUUAACUUCUAACUGGAAGUAAUUAUGGUCAAAGCUAAUUAUGGAUGCCAUAUUUUGAACUGGUUGCCUUAUGUGAUAUAAAUUCUUUGCAUUUAUUAGUUUUUUUGCACUUUGUACCUUCUGAUAUUUCUUUCUUGACAAUGUUUUUUUUGUUUGUUUUAAAAUCUGCCCACUGGCAGUACUUUGUUCAUCUUCCUUCAUGCACUGAUUAAAUCUGUUAAACUUUCUAGAGAAAAUACGGUAUAUAAUGAAAAAAGUAACAUUCAUUGUUUUUGAAAUGCUUGAAUAUCUGCCCUGAAUUUCAUUCAUUAUGCUGAA